AUGGCGGAUGUGUCGGAGAGGACGCUGCAGGUGUCGGUGCUGCUGGCCUUCGCCUCCGGAGUGCUCGUGGGCUGGCAAGCGAACUGGUUACGGAGGCGCUACCUGGACUGGAGGAAACGAAGACUGCAGGACAAGCUGGCCACGACGCAGAAGAAGCUGGACCUGGCCUGAGAGUCGGCGCCGUGGGUCCCGGCCUCGCGAUGCCGGCGCGCAAGCCCAGUUCCCGGGCGGGUCUGAGCCGGGCUCGCCUCACCUCGCCCUCUCCCAGCCGGAGCGCGGGUGAGCGCUUGUUGAUGAUGGAUGUAAAGCACUGAAAGAAAGAAUUUCUUACUGUACUAUAUGAAGUCUAUUUUUAAAAUAAAAAAUUUUGAACAUC